GCCCAUAGCCGAGCGGGGAGGAGCGGGCGGAGGAGUCGGGCGCUCAGCGGGGAGGACGGAGCUCACCUCCUCUGCGGCGCCCAUGGGGACAGGACGACUUUAGAGGAGUUUUUUUUUUUUUUUUUUCUUCGGGGGGGUGUUCUGGAGCUGGGAGACCACGGAUCCGGCAAUUCCUGCCCUCGCCUCGCCCUGUCAUUGAUGGGAAAUCAACUGGAUCGCAUCACCCACCUGAAUUACAGCGAGCUGCCGACCGGGGACCCCUCGGGGAUCGAGAAAGACGAGCUGCGCGUCGGGGUGGCUUACUUCUUUUCGGAUGAGGAGGAGGACCUGGACGAGCGAGGCCAGCCAGACAAGUACAGCGUGAAGGGCUCCGGCAGCCCUGGCCAGGAGACGCCUACCCACCACCUCCACCACCAGCUGGUGCUGAACGAGACCCAGUUCUCCGCUUUCCGCGGCCAGGAAUGCAUCUUCUCCAAGGUCAGCAGCGGCCCCCAGGCUGGGGACCUCAGCGUCUACUCGGUGUCAGCGCUGCCUGCCCUCUGCAAACCGGGGGACCUGCUGGAGCUGCUGUACCUGGGGCCGUCGGAGCAUCCCCCGCCGCACUGGGCAGUGUACGUGGGCAGCGGGCAGAUCAUCCACUUGCACCAGGGGCAGAUCCGCCAGGACAGCUUGUACGAGGCGGCCGCGGGCAACGUGGGCCGGGUGGUGAAUAGCUGGUACCGUUUUCGCCCGCUGGUGGCUGAGCUGGUGGUGCAAAACGCCUGCGGGCACCUGGGCUUAAAAAGCGACGAGAUCUGCUGGACUAACUCCGAGAGCUUCGCCGCCUGGUGCCGCUUCGGGAAAAGGGAGUUCAAAGCCGGGGGGGAGCUGCAGGCUGCUGCCGGCACCCAGCACCAGCAGCAAUACUAUCUGAAGAUUCACUUGGCAGAGAACAAGGUGCACACAGUGAGGUUCCACAGCCUGGAGGAUCUAAUACGCGAGAAGCGCAGGAUCGAUGCCAGUGGCAAACUGAGGGUGAUCAAAGACCUGGCUAUAGUGGAUGAGAAAGAAUAGCGAGCAGCAGGGGGUACAUGGCUAUCUCUUCCUUCUCUCCUGUCCGGGGAGACCAGCCUGCCACUGAGACAGUAGGCUGCACCCUCUUUCCACGGGAUGCGACUGGAAGCAAGAUCCAUGGCGACAUUCCAAAAAACCAGCAUUCUUUACACCCAUAGCCAGUAUUUUGUUUGGCUUUUAGUAGCAUUAAUGCUGAAAGAGUGCAAGAGGGAGAGGAAGAAGAGGGGGGGAGGUGCACGAAAGCUGUUUGCAGAGUAUGUGGACAAAGUCUCUACUGUCGAUCGAUGUUGACCAUUCUAGCAACAUGCUAAUAAAAUUUCAAAUUGAAAUUUUUUUAAUUUUUAUUUCAUGGCUUUAAUCCAUGAUGAGUUUUAAAUAUUGGGGGCCAUGGAUGUGGAUUUAGCUAAACAAAAUUUUAGCUAACAUUUGCCUUGCAGUCAACCAAAAGCAUCAGUCAUACUUUGCUAGCUGAAGGGGGUGGAGGGUGGGGGGCUGUAAAUGCCUAUUUGUUUUGUUUCUUGACACUGUUGUUUCAGCCCGUAGUUGCAACCCAGAUUUUGUCCCAGACAACUCUAGCAAGAUCCUAAUGAGGGAAAAUGUUUUCAUAUUUCUGGUUGAAAUUGAUUACAUUUAAAAUACUUGUCGUCUUUUCUCUGCUAAAUGUCAUCAUGAUACAUAAGCAAGCUGUUUAAAACUCUUCCCCUCUCCUUUAUUCAGGUAAAAGUUGGUUAGCAGUUGUUUUCUUGAAAUUACCUUCAUUGGUUGGUGUAUUUUGGAGGACAGUAUACUCAGUGUUUCUCCUCAGAGAUUCAGCCUCUAGGAUCUCAUGUUUAAGCUGUGGAUUUGUAUCACUGUAGUGAUUCUUAUUGCACCACUGCCUCGAUACCUCUUCAUGCACAGGUCAGCCGGAUCCUACAAGAAACAAAUAGGCUUGAAUUCUGCAUGUUGCCUCUUUCAAACAGAAACUUAUCACAUAUUUACAAUUCCACUUAAAGAAAAUAGAUGUAACAUGGCCAAGUUCAUUUUGCAUUUCAAAUUCCAAGCAACUAAAAAUCCUAUUCAGUCUAAGUUUAGAAAUCCACAGCUGCAUUUAAAAGAUGCCUUUUUAAUGUGAUGUGAGCAAUGCGUUGAUUGUAUUUCAGAUCUUAUUCUCCCACUGUUUACUUCUUCAGUUCUGAAGUAAAAGAUCAAAAUAUUAAAUAUACAUAAAAUCUAAAGUAUACUAGGGCAUUUCUAAAUCUGUCCAUUCUAUUUUUAUUACUCUUACUCUGUAAAAGUUAUAAUAAGCAAUUUGUCUUUGCAUGUUUCAGUACUUGGGGAAAAACAAAUGUUUUUUUUUCCCCUUCUUCCCGUGUCAAUGUCAGAUGGCAUAAUAGAAGUAACAUCCUUCUUCUGUGUAUAAAAUACACGCUACCCCCUAUCAGUGUACUGUGUCCUGGCUCCUUUUUGUAUUAAACAAUGUCAUUGUUGCAACAGUAAUUUAUUUUCUACAAAGGUUUUACCUCCCAUAGUUGAAGCUGUGAAGGUGGAGUGUAGUUCACCUUAAUAAAAGUGCAAGCAUAAAUAUAUGUAUAUAUACCUCCUUAGUGAAGGUCAUCUAACAGACUAUGUUUUGCUGAUACAUAACUUGGCAAAGUUAUGCUGUAAUAUGCAGUGUAACUUUUAUUUCCCUUCUUACUGUAAAGUAUCAUGGUUACUACAAUACGGACUAAACAUUUUAUCAGAAGUGUAUUGCCAUCAAUGUUAACCUACUGCUGAAAUAACCUCAAAUCACAACAUACCCUUUAUUAAAUGUGUAAUAUUUUAGCUUUAUAUUGGUGAUAAUUAUUGUCAUAAUGGUAACUCUUUUCCAUAACAUUAACAGUCAUCAUCAUAAUAUUUAUGUAUUUUAAUAAUUUUACUGCAUUACAUCUACCAAAUUAUCUGUUACAAGUGAGUUCUCAACAGCACUUGGUGGGAGCAUUGUGAGAUUUCAGGAAGACACUGAUGUUACAACCAAGGCACUUACAAAAAAUCAAAACAUAAAUGGUAGGAGAAGGAAGAGUGGGCAAAAGUAACUUGUUUUAAUUCCCCCUUAUAAAAUAUAUUGAAAAACUGAGGUAGGAAGAGGCAGGAAGAGGGAAUAAAUAACAGGAUGUUCAUGAAGACAGGAAGGAUGAAGUGGAAUCAUGUUGUAAAUUUUGAAUUCUGAAAUGCAUUUUCUUGAAAUAGCUCUCCAAUUAAUAAUACAGUACUAGACAGAGGAUUCUUGCAAGAAUAGCAUUGUAUGUUCUCAAUACUAGUGAGAAUUUAAAACAUACUGGCUUUAAACUUUUCUCUGUGCUUUCCAAAUAGUCCAUCUUUAUUUAUGUAUUUUAAUGAUUUACUAACCUGGUUCAUGAACAUGGCAAUUUUCCUUAGUUUACCUUGCUAGAUGUGUAUUUAUUCAAGCUCUGUCAGAAGUCGUUGGCAAUGCUCCAAAUUUGUACAGAUAAAGGUAACAACAAAAUUAGGGCCUUAAUCCUUUGCAUAAGGCCUGGAAAUGUGUACAGUACUGGAGAUAUUCACAAAAUAUAUUAACCUAAGACAUACUAUUGCUCUGGCUAUGUUCAAGUAUCAAUCUGCUA